AGAAUGUCCACCGGUGACGGUGAUGUCCUUCUAAAUGAUUAUGUCAAGCAAUGGAUGAAAAUAGAAACGCUUGAGAAACAUGUGGAAAUGAAAAAGAUACUGAAAGCAGGUUUAAAACUAAAACACGUCGUUUCGCUUUACGAGUUGGUGGAAGACAGAGUAGCCGAUUUGCUUAUUGACUGUGUUGAUCCUCAAUACAAACGCGACAUGCCGGUUGAUAUACACGAUGAACUGAUGAACGCAUGCGAAUUUGAAGACACUGGUGGUAGACUCGGGAAAAUCCCUGCUGCAGCUUUUGCAAAAGCCUUGAAGCGUUUUGCGUUGAGGAUGUUGUCUGUAAAACCGGUUGACGAGAACUUGAAUCUCAAUUUAUAUUUGAGUCAGAUGAAUUUCUGGUCGGACGUAUCUGAAGAGAUUGUUGAAGAUAACUUUCCAGAAAACUUGCUUGUCGCUCAUAGUCAUUCGGCUUAUUGUGCGAUCAAAGCGAAGAUGGAUAAAAUACGUUCUAAGCAGCAAUCUAUGGCCAGCUCAAACAAGCGUCCUCUUAUGAAAACACAUACCAGUGUUAAAGCGAAGAAAGCGCAGAAACAGAAGUUCAAUCAAGCAUAG